CACCCUCCCUCCACACACUCAGACGCACACAAACAGAGGAGGCGAAAGCCAGAGUGCAGAGCUGCAGCGGAAUGAAGGGGAUAUUCUGCCGGCGUGGGCUCCGUCUCUGAGGUGUGCGGAGUUCAGCCACAGUGCGUGUGUGCCUCCCCGUGUGUGAAUGUGUGCAUGUAUGCGGGAGCGAGUGAGUGAAAGCGAGCCCCGGCUGACAACGUGCGGAUAAAGGAAAGGGAAUUAGAGGUGAUCGGAUGAAGAGGGAGAGAAACAGACGGGGAGUGCUGACUGUUUGCAGCUUAGAGGAACCUAACAUCACUGGAUCAGAGGACGCAGAUGUGCAACAACUACUCCCAACUACUGCCGCCGGUACUCAAGCUCCCUGCACAUCGUCUUAACUUCGGCGAUGGCAUAGCCUUCUCUCUCAGAUCGGUUUUAAUCCCCUAGGAAAACGGGCAUGCAUUGGCACAAUCGGGGAUCAAGGCUAUCGUAUCCUUUACGUCAGCAUUUCACGGUCUGAGGAAACAUGGUGAGCAAGGAGGGUGCCAACUGCAUGCUCACCAACUCAGAGUCUGACUCAGAGACAACGCCCUUGCCCUCCACCUCGCUGGCUCUAGAGGUGAAGUAUUCCCUAGAAGCAAGGCAGCAGGUGAGGAAGAGAAACAAAGCCCUGCAAGUGCGCUUCAAGGACAUCUGUGAAGCACAGAACGAGCAAAGGGAAGCAGAGUUGCAGGCAGCAGGAAAGGGCUGCAAGCCGAUGUCAUACAAAGUGGCGUACCGCAAGUACAUGACCGUCCCCGCCCGCAGGUCCAUUCCAAAUGUCACAAGGAGCACAGGCGUCCAGACGUCACCCGAUCUAAAGAAACAUUAUCAGACCUUUCCCUUUGAACGCAAAAAAGGCCACACGUUUAAACACGUGGCGGCUGUGGAAACUUAUAAAGGUCAGAAUAACAGUUUUGUCACGGAGGUGAAGCAGCCCAAAGCAUCUGAGCGGGAUUUAGAUGAGGAGGAGGGAGCCUGCGGGGGGAAUGGAGUGCUGAGGACCAGGGCUCUGCUCCAUACUAAUGAGUGUAUAGCAACAGUGGAGCAGCACACUGCACCUGAUGGCCUGUGCUCUGAUGCUCUGCUGCUGGCUUGCACUGCAGACGCAGAUUGCCUCGCAGACAUAGGGAGGGGAGGCAGAACCGGAGGACAAGCGGAGUACCAGCUCUGCAGCAUCCCAUGCAAAGCGGAAACUGGAUUACAACACAGGGAAUCCCACGGAGACCACUCGGUCAAAAGGCAGCUGCUACAUCUAGAGAAGGGCUCGUCCCAAACCCUGCCGGACAGGGCUUCCAGGGUUAGUGGCCCCAUUGCCUGGAACUCCCUCACACAGGUGGAAUGCCUGGAUAGUCCAUCUGCGCGGAGCAAGCGGAAGAAGGGCCUGCAGCUCAACGGGUUGUCGAGAGAGACGCUGCCACGAUCCAGCAGAAGCUGUACGACACAGGCGCAGUGCCAUACGGGACAGAUUUCUGCCCGGCCUUUACGGGGCAUGGAGGAAUCUCUGUCAUCCUGCACAGGUGGAGCAGCUGACAGGCCACCACCUGACCAAACACUAGACACCUGUAAGCAAAUAGUGCCUAUAAAUCAGGACGGGGAUGUGAAAGCACAGCUUCAGGCAAUGGAGAAUCUCAUCAGUUCCAGCCAGGAGACCAUCAAGGUGCUGCUUGGGGUGAUCCAAGAACUGGAGAAGGGAGAAGCCCACAGAGAAGGGCUCUCCUAUCGAACCGGACAGGACACGGCCAACUGUGACACAUGCCGGAACAGCGCAUGCAUUAUUUACAGUGUGGAACUGGAUUUUAAGCUGCAGGAGGACAAGUUGCAACCCCUGAUGAAAAGGCUUUGUCCGACGACAGAUGUCCACUUCGCCCCCCUGCCUUACCCCCAGGAGGCCUUCACCUCCACUCCCAAGCGCAAGUCAAAAGCUGACUCCAAGAAGCACGCUCGCUGGAAACUUUGGUUCCUGUGAGAACCUCUAACCACCUUAACUCCUUGAGGAUGGCGAAGGAUUCAAGCGUUUGGCCAUCUUCAGCUUAUGUCUUAUCAAACCCGCCUGGAUCUUAAAGAUUUGGAUACAAAGAUAGAAGGAGGACUUUUGGGAGUUCCUCCCUGCUGGAAACUUCAAAAUGUCACUGAAACCAAAAAUGAAGUCGUAUUUUUUUUACAAGAAAGAAAAAAAAGUCCAAAACACAAAUCUGGAGAUCAGCGCCGUGAGCGGACGGAUUUCAUUUCCUGCUGUCUCUUUAUUAUUCUAGCUGGGCCUGUUCCAUGAUGAAGGCCCGGUGUUUGUCAUAGAUUUCUACUCUACCAGUCGGGACAUCGUCUGUCUUCUUAGUCUUGAGAAGAUGUUGGCAUUUCUAUCACAAGUCUCCAUAAACAGCAUAUCACUGUACUGCAAAGCACAAAUAACACUGAUCAGGAUCCUGUUUCUACAGAAAAAUAAGCAAGAACUAUUUUGAGUAUUAACUGGUCUUGCAUCUAUGGCAGAUUGAGGACUUUCCUUUUGAUUUAAAGAGGAGACCCAAUGGACAAAAUAUUAGCAACACUGUUGGGUUUUUGACAUAUUUUCUUUCUGCUGCUAAAAUGUCUCCUUAAAUCUCCCAACUAUGAAGAAUAACAAAUACUAUUUUCUUAAAAAGAAUUGUAGAUGGCAAUGUAGUUUUUUUGUAUAAAAAUAUAUAUCUAUUCACUUUAAGGUUGGGGGAUGGUUUGUAUUUGAGUUGGAGUCAUUGGGGUUGUGCAGCUUCAACACCACAGAGCAAAGAGAGUUAUGUUCAUUCAGCCAAUUCUUUUUCAUGAAUCAAAUAUGUCUCUCGCUAAACUCGGUGCACAGUCUCAUUGAAUUCCAGUGUGAGAGGAAUCCAUGCUGGAAAACCUCGGUAAUAAAACGAAAGAGACAACAACUCUCAACCAAAACAGUAGGACUUUUUAGUGGAUGGGGGUAGCCAAGAAACCUCAAAUGGUUGUGAUUGUAUUGCUACAAUAUUGGGAAUUCAAAAGCAACAGAAACCAAGCCGAAAAUGUGUGUAGAAUCUCGCGAAGCGUGUCUAGCAUGGUUUUUACAACCACAAUUUUUCCUGAUUUUUUUCAAACUUUUCAAGAAACCAUUCUUAAAAAGUGGCAAUUUCCCAUUCAACACUCCAGCUAGUCACCUCAUGCAACAGUAUCCAGGGUUUCUAGAGUACUUACAUUUAAAACAUUACGACUUUUCAGAAUUUAUAACAGUAUGCAGCUGUGCCACGAAGGAAAAGACAUAGUUUGAACAAACACAACCACACCUUACUUAACAAAAACUGAGACAAAAUGCAGAAACUAACGAAGAGCUUAAAGUCCCGCUCCAAUCCUCUGUUUGAUCUAUUUUAUAAGUGUUCCCAGUGAUUUUUUUUAAUUAUAAUUAUCCCUGAUUUUAUUUCUUAAGAGAUAUUUUCUGCACAAUGGCAGUAGUUCAUUAGAAAUUUGCCUUCGAGUUGUGGGUGGAACUGCUAGUUCGGCGUAAGCCCGCCCCCAUUACCCAUCAUCCAUCUGUUUACACGCUUUCCCGCUAUCUUAGAGCUACUUACGCCGCAUACCUAACAUUACCGGAGCAACUAAAACAGCGAGCAAUAUUGAAGCUAUCCACCUAUACAGUUUUGAGCCAGAUGCCAGCUCAGAUGAGGAAAACAAAAACAAGUGGAUGCAUAAGAAUAGAAUCGAGCAGGGAGCUUGUAGCACUACGUCAUUGCUGCAAGAUUUCUCCAAAAGCCUUUUUUCAGCAUUCACAACAAAUCAGGAGUAAACAAGGACAGGGAAAAAUAAAGAAAUACUCCGAAAUGCAAUUUUAACCUUAAAAUUCUUUAUAUAUGUCCUCCAUCAUGAGAACAAUGCUUCUAGGAAAUGUUAAAAACACAGAAAAAUGUUUUUUUAUUGGAGUGGGCCUUUAAGUAAUUUUAUCUUGUUGAGCAAACAAUUUAGACUUUCUACAGGAUUCUGCUUUAGUUUAAUACGGGUGACAUUAUUUUAUUUUGCCAAACUAUUAUUAAGGGAAUGAAAAAAAAUUGAAUUGGCUUUUACCAAAAAACAUUCAGUAUUGUGAUCUCUUCUGAUACAAAAAAAAAACUAUCAAGAUUUUGAGAUUGAAGCAUGUUUUUUCUGAAUUUUCAGUGCAGAAAAAGUCACCUCUGCACAUUUUUGGCACUGAAAUUUUACACACUGCAUUCUGAUUGGGUUGCUACCUUCACAUAAAUUACGUCUUUCUUAGCAAUAUGUUUUUGCAUGUGUAAUCAAAUUAGUUCACGUUAAAACUUUUAGCAAAACAGGCCCCAAUUUUAUUAAAAAGUUGCUUAUAUCUUUAUAGAAGUGAACAUUUAAUUACUUAAUUAAGUGCACAGGACUAUAAACUCUUGGCUGCUGUACAUUUCAUUUAAAUGAUUUGUUUUCCAAAUAUUGAUUCUGCAUUUUUUCUAAUUUUUUUGCUAAAUUUAUGAAAAUACAGUUAAAUAUCUGGUGAGUUUUUUUUUGUUUUGUAUUUUUAUCUAUUUUCAAAUACAUAUCAUUUUUCCCCAGAUGAGUAAAACCUUAAAGUUGGAAAAGGGUGGUUUCUUUUUUUUUUUUUUUUUCCACAUAAAGAUAUGUUUCAUAAGAUAAAAUAGGGCUAAUACUGUUUUAUAGGAGGAAAAACAGCCAAUAAUCAAAAGAAAGACAAAAUAAACAACUCAUGCAGGACUAUAAAGCUGCAGUUUGUUCUCAAGCCAAGAGCACUGCCCCACAAGACAGGAAGUGUGCCAAAAUGGAGACACGGGAAUUAAUCAAACAAUACACCAAUAACUACUUGCAAAUCGGUCGUCUUUACUGCUUUGAUCUUCACAAGCUUCAACAUGCUGUGUUCUGUUCCGUACUUGUAAUUCACACUUUCAUUCUUGUCUCUUUCAGUAAUUAUCCUGUAGCAUUAAGAGAGAAUUAGAUGUUUAUCUGUACCUUAAAGAAGUGCAAUUGAUUUGUAAUGUGCAAUACUGUAUUUUAUACAGAUUUUUUUUAAAUAAACCAAUACAAUUAUCUAAAAAGAAGUAAAAAAAAAAAUUUCAAAGCUUUCAAAAUAAGAUGCAAAUGUGGUUUAUUUUGAAAAUCCCCACCAAAAAACAAAAUAAAAAUAAAUUCAUUAAAAAUAUGAAGUAAUAAAAAUAUUUAAAAUCUAAUUAACUCUCUGAUGGAAAACAGAGUAUAGCAGAGUUGAGCUGUAAAGUGUUGAAUAAGUGCAUCAAAUCGACCUGUCUUGGUACCCUGCUUUGAUCUAAAGUGCACGGGACAGACCUUGCUGUUGGAAUCGGAACUUUAAUGCAGCUGGACAACUUAACAAAACGAGAGCAGAAUCGGAGGCAGGCUACAGGCGACGCUCGCUGCAAAUGCUCAAAACAUUUCGACCCAAUCUCUGAAGCAAUUUCGUUUCCUUUAAUAGAAACAUACUGUGAUGCCAAGGUGAGAGCAUUAGCAUGCAAGUCCAGAUGAUUUUUAAUCACUGUCACAGUAAAACAUCUCAUCUGACUGAUGAGAAAAGAAAAGAAAAAGUCGGAAAUGUAAAACGGUUUGUUCCGUCAAAGUUUUAGUGGAGAGAGUGGAGGUGCAGGGAGGAAAAAAAUAAAAACCGGUGCUGGAAGCAUUAUGAUGCAGUGCCAUAUCUCACUAUGCUUCUUUGCUGUAAGAGCUCUGCAGCAGUCUGGACAGCAGAAGAGAGAGGUGGGGAGUGGGAGCACAGACAGACAGACGGAAAUACUCGAAGACUCGAACGCCUGAAGACAGUGACGAAAACAAAGACAAGGAGGGAUGAUGAUGUAAAAAGGUGCAUAUGAGAUUGGGUCUGCUGGGUCAGUGGCAGUUUAGGGAGAAGCUCCAAGCUGGUCAAUCUGCCAAUCAAUAGCAAAGAGUACUCCCUCUGCAGCUUUCUACUUCAAUCUGUGGACACGCUGCAUCAGAUUAACUCCACAGGACUGAAACUAACUACCAACACAACGUGUUCUUGGAAAGCUUUUGGUCCAAAUGGCAACAGGUUUUUGACAGGAAAGGAAAAAAAAAACAGAAGAGGAGGGUUUCGACUCCAGCUCUGAUUUCUUAUUUUUUUCUGUCGUUAUGCUUCACUUGAAGGGAAAAGCCCGGCACAGCUAUUAUAACCGUCUAAAAUUCGAAACAUAAAAAACUGUAGCAAUGUGGAAAAUAAAGCACUUGAGCUGGGAAACUGUGAUUUCUUCCAUUUACGGAUCCUCAUUCAUGUGCAUCUGCAGAGCUCAUCCUGGCUUAAAGCGGAGGAAAUAGAAUUCAAGGACAUAAAGGUAGAACUUUCAGGAGCUUCACAGAUAUUUCUGCUAUUAUCCGAAUGUAAAUAUAUUCAGACAGACUCCUUUCAACCUGUGUAUGAGGGUGGGCAUGAAUACAAAGGAAACAGCCUGUUAAGAAGUCCAGUAAUGCAAAUGAGUGACGACGCUGUGUCUAAAUUGCUAACAGGCGUAGAACGAGAAACAAAGCCACCGCCUCCAAAGUCGUCACUGCGAUCCCUCUCAUCAACAUUCUGUGUCCGGCUCCCCCAAGCAGUGCAGGGGGGGAUAGAAGGAGUAGAAAGUUAAUGCAUAAAUCUAAAUGUAAGAGGCUGCCACUCAGAGAAACAAGGUCGGUGGAUGGCCGCGGUGCUGUGUGAGCAGCGGCGCGCUGUGUGCCUGCAGAGCAGGCAGCGUUACCCAGAGGCAGCAACAGCAGUCAUCUGAUUAGAGAGCUUAUGACACUUCCAGCAGCUAACUAGGUCUCACUCUUGUGACUUGUAAAUAUGCACGCUAAUCCUAUUGAUGAUUUAAUUAUGAUUUAUGGGCCUAGUUUAAAUAGAGCCCGUGUUGCCAAUACUAAAGCGUUUCAGGAGAAUAACCCCAGCGAUAAUGUGACCUCUAACUUCGAAGAAUCAAGUGGUGGCACGCACAGAAGGGACACAACCAGUAAAAAAAUAAAAAAUAAAAA